AUUUCUUCCCUCUUCUGCAGCUCCCCGUUUCUCUGUAUCCCUUUCUGUUAAUCAUCUGUCUUUCAACGAAAAUUUGAUUUCUGGGUUCGUUUUCAAUAACUUCAAAAACCAGGUGUUUUCAGAAUCGAGAUCCAGUUUUCUUUUUGGUUCUGUUGUUACAAUCAACUUAAAGGGUGAUUUUUGGUCCUUUAAAGUUUAAUUUUUUUUAGACUUGGAUUGAAGGGGUUUCAUAUUUUAAAGAGCCCGCUUAACCGAUCCAUUUUCUGGGUUUUCAAACCUGUUCUUAAGUAUUUAUCAAGAAACAGGUUGCUUUUAUUUUGAUUUUUUAUAGUUCUAAUCUUUUCUUUGUUUGGUUUUAAGGUUAUGACAGAUACAAUGGAUUUCUUUAAUAGCAGUAGAUCAUUUCAAUCAUGUUUCUAUGGUGGAGAAUUGAUGGAAGCUGUUGAACCUUUUAUAAAAACUGCUUCUUCUUCUAACUCCUCUUCUUCUUCCCCUUCUCCUUCCUCGUCUUCUUUACUUUACCCGCCAUUUUCAGUUCUCCAAGAGCCGGCGCAUCCCGGUCCAACAAUUCCCCAGGUCCCGGCUCAGUUCCAGUUCCAGUUCCAAAACAACCAACCUAGUUACCUUUACCAAAACCCUCAACCCACCAACCAUAUGGCUAGGUUUAUUAGCCCCAAACCGAUUCCAAUGAAACAGAUGGGCUCACCACCGAAACCGACCAAGCUUUACCGAGGUGUUAGGCAGCGUCACUGGGGGAAAUGGGUCGCCGAAAUCCGGCUACCAAAGAACCGGUCCCGUCUCUGGUUAGGCACUUUCGAAACGGCCGAGGAAGCAGCCUUGGCUUACGACAAAGCUGCCUAUAAACUAAGAGGCGACUCGGCGAGACUCAACUUCCCUAACCUUCGUCCCCACGGUUCUCACAUCGGUGGCGCUGUUGAUGCUAAGCUUGAAGCCAUUUGUGAAAGCUUGGAAAAAGACCGAAAGCAACAGAAGAAGAAGAAGAAGUCGUCAAAGGAAACGGCUGAGAACAAAAGCAAGGAUCAAGAAAAGACAGUGAAGUUGGAGGACUCGUCUUCUUCUUUGUCGGACAAUGAGGUGUCGUCAGAAUCUUCACCUUUAUCGGAUCUUAUGUUCUCUGAUUUCAACCAACAGUUGUGGCCUCAGCCCGAAUUUGGUGCUUCUUCGGAAACGUUUAUGUUGUCCAAAUUUCCUUCCUAUGAGAUAGAUUGGGAUUCUAUUUUAAAACCAUAAUUACUUUCUUUCUUUUUUUGUAUUUUUAUCUGUGUAAGCUUACUGCAAUGGAGUUUUUGACAGUUGCAGUGGCAGGUUAGGGUUCUUAGUAUGAUCUCCAUGGUGAUCAGCUCGUUUUUUAGUGCUGAACCAAUGGAGAAAUUUGUUAGUGUCAAUGUUCAUAGCUCUUGUAAUUGAAUCUAUUAAUGUUAUUUAUU